AUGAAUCUUCGACAAGACUUCAACGAGGAUACUGAACAAGCCCUAGGACCAGCUCUCUUCUCUUUCAACUCUUUGACGACCUUGUGCGAAGAUGAAACCAUAAAGAAACAUGGCAGCGAUGCCAAAGCCACGCCCUCAACAUCGGAAUCUAGACUACACGAAAGCAGUGACGGAAGCAUCUCUACAUACUCACCUGUGACUUGGGAUGGGCCGGAAGACUCAGAAAAUCCCAAGAACUGGAACCGAAGACAGAAAUGGACAACAUCUUUGAUCAUAUCAUCGUUCGCGUUCCUAUCUCCCCUGUCCUCAUCGAUAGCCGCCCCAGCUCUAAGACCGAUCAGCCACGACCUGCACAUCACCAAUGAGGUAGAGCGGCAAUUAGUGCUCUCAAUAUUUCUCCUCACAUACGCACUAGGACCUUUCGUAUUGUCUCCUUGCUCGGAGAUAUGGGGUCGAACCCCCAUUGUACGAGUUGGGAAUUUGAUGUUCAUUGUCUCGACUGCCCUUUGCGGGUUUGCAGCAUCAAAGGAGCAGAUCCUGAUCUUUCGCUUCCUUGCUGGAAUAGGCGGCAGUGCGACUAUAGGGAUGGGCAGUGGCGUACUAGCUGACUGCUGGAAGCCAGAGGAGAGAGGGAAGGGAAUUGCAUUCAUGCAAUUCGCCCCCGUUUUAGGACUCGCAGUCGGCCCUAUCGCGGGUGGAUAUAUCUCUCAAUACGCUACCUGGCGAUGGACCUUUUGGACCGUGGUAAUCUUGAACUUCACGGUGCAAGUCAUUGCCUUUAUCUUUCUUAGAGAGACAUACGCCCCACGACUUUUGCACCUGAAGGCCAAGCGACUGCGUAAGCUCUACAACGAUGCGUCCAUUAAAACGGAGUGGGAAAAGCAGGAGCGCACACUCGCUGUCAUCCUCAGGACCAGCCUAUCUCGCCCAUGGAUCAUGCUCGCUACUCAGCCCAUUAUACAAAGCCUCGCGCUCUAUCAGGCGUUCAAUUUUGGACUACUAUAUCUCAUAAUAUCUAGCUUUCCGAGACUGUGGGAGCAUUACUAUGGCAUGCACAAAGGGCAAGCGAGCCUGAACUACAUCUCUAUUGCCGUCGGAGCAUUGAUCGGUGUUCUGAUCUCCGCCCCAACAAUGGACAUGAUUUAUCAAAGACUCAAACGACGUUGA